AUGAGCUCCUGCAAACUCGUCUUGUGUGUAUUUUUGGCAGCUACUCUGGCCCUUGCAGCAGCUACACCUACCGGAUUUAUCGGAUAUAGCAGUGGUUACGGUGGUGGUUUCGGCGGUGGUUAUGGAGGUGGAUCUUACGGUGGCUAUGGAGGUCACAGAGGAGGUUAUGACAGUUAUGGAAGCGGAUAUGGAGUAGGCGUUGGAAUCGGUUUCACUGGAGGUUACAGUGGCUACGGUCAACAAGGAUACGGUGGUCACGGCUACAAUGAUGGAUACGGUUACAAUAGUGGAUACGGCCAGCAGGGUGGAUAUUAUGGAGGUAACCAGGGUUAUGGACAGGGCUACGGAAACAGCUAUGGAAACAGCUACGGACACGGCUACGGACACGGACACGGACACUAUUAA